CUACCAGUGCGCGCGAGCUGGGGGAGUCAAAACGUCCGCACACCUCAGAUCAUUGUUUUUUUUUUCCCCUUCUGAUGGCAAAGCCCGCGAACUAACAAACUGUCCGGGGAAAACUGAAGUCUUUUAUCGGUUUGCAAGCUCGAUAAAAAGUCUACGAGUUUUUAUGGAACAUGUCGGAGUCCGAGUUUUACAUGCAGUGUGAGGAGGAUGAACUCGCGCCAUGUCAAAGCAACACAGAUGAGACGAAUCAAACGGAGAACGUAAAUCGCGUGAUUAAUGGACAUGCAGCAGCUUCAUCGGUGCCCUCAGUGUCUCCUGCUCUCACUGUGCAGCCUUCUGCCAUCAAGACAACACUCGUGCCAGUUGUUCCUGGUUCUGUUGUACCACAGCCUUUACUGGCUGGUGUUCUUCAGUCUAUUCAGAUUGCUGCAGGUGGCAAGGGGCAACCCAUCUUCAUCGCUCCAAAGCCAUCUUCAGGCAACCAACAGAACAUUGCAACCCCAGUUGGUUACAUCCUGCCUACAGGCCAAGCUGUCACUUUUCUGACUCCUAGUCAGACAGGCCCGUUAAUCUCCCCUCAGCUUGUGUCUCCAUCAAGCACGCCUCAACCAGCAGCUGUUAAGAUCCCAGUCACUAUCAUCCACAGCCCAUCUGCUUUACAAACCGUCACCACAGUAACCUCCAGUGGGAUGCCUGCUGUGGGCAGCUCACCCUGCAACAGUCUUCCUCACACCUCCCCAACUGCCUCAGAACUGCCAUCAACAUCAUCUUCAGCACCACAACCUCCUCCUGCUGGUGCUGAUCAAAUGCAGAACCUACUGACGCAGCCGUCCUCUCAGGUCUCCUCUAUAAAGACCCGUGCCCGAGCCAAGAAAACAGCUUUUUCUCCUAUUAUUUCCCCCAAAGUAUUUCAGAAUGUUUUCAAGGCGCCUCAGUUCUGCUCUCGCUGUAAAGUGGCCUACAAAGUUGUUCAUGAGCUUCGUGGCUACAUGUGUCACUGUAAUCCAGAGCUCAUAAACAGCGUCCAUGCAUUGACCACCAAACCCAGACAAAGGGUCAGAAGGACCAAGCGUAGCAGUGACCCGAUGCAAUUCAUACCCAAUACGCAUAAGAGCACUAUUUCCCCCUCUUCUUCUUCAACCUCUCCUCCUCCUCCUCCUUCUCCUUGUCUGAAACACAUCACUACAUCUGAGAUACCAGAAGGAGUACACAGCCCUGGCACCGGUGACUAUGACGCGCAUGGCAAGCUUAUCAUGCUAGUGGAAGACUUCUACUAUGGGAUGGACCCGGGACGUCCUGUCCUGAUAGAGAAUAAUCAGGUGCCUGUUAUGAUGAAAUGCCAUCUCUGCGACAAGAAGCUGAAGAACAACAUCAAGCUGAUGAACCACAUGAAGCACCAUAUGGAAAUGGAGUAUCAGAGGGGUGAUGAGAAAUCCCACACGAUGUGCCAGCACUGCUUCCGCAACUUUAGCACAGCCUUCUCCCUGCAGUGCCACCUCGAGACCGCCCACAGCCAAGUAGAGUCCGCAUCACUCUGCAAGAUCUGUGAGUUGCAUUUUGAGAACACUCCCCUCUUUUUGCAUCAUAUGAAAAACUUUCACAAGCCUGGGGAAAUGCCCUACGUGUGUCAGGUUUGCAAUUUCCGCUCUUCUUUUUAUUAUGACGUUAUAAUUCACUUCCGUGAGCUCCACAAGGACACCGCUAAUCUUCUGUGCCCAUACUGCCUCAAAGUGUUCAAGUCCAGCAACAGCUAUCAGCUCCACUACAACAAACACCAGAAAAAAUCAGUGUUGCAUUGUGACAAGUGCCGGCUUCAAUUCCUUUACUCAAAGGACAAGGCAGAGCACAAGCUUUUAUUUCACCAGACCCACCUCAAGCCUGUGCAGCUGCUGGGGCUUAAACCUGGUACUAAGAUAACCAUCCGGGCUUAUUCAGUGACUAAAGUAAACGACAACACUAAUUUCAUUAAACCUAGUACGAGCAGUGAAAGCUCCUCUAUAGUCUCAGUUCCUGCAGCUCCGAGUGCUGUCCAGAGGAUCACACCUACGAAGAGAAAGCCUGUGGAGAGCAUGCUGGAAGUCAUGACCAAGUUUCAGAGACAAUGUGAGCCUUCAAGAAGUUGGUUCUGUAUAGAAUGUAACUUUGAGAUUCCAGAUUUUUCCACUCACUUCCCUACAUUUGUGCACUGCUCCCUGUGCCGUUAUAGCACCUGCUGCUCCAGAGCGUAUGCUAACCACAUGAUCAGUUAUCAUGUUCCUCGCAAAACUUCCACUAAAUACCUGAAUUUGUACAAACCCUGUCCAAAGUUGGGUAAACUAUGCUGCAGUACCUGUGAUUUUUCCACUGAGAUUGGAGACAUGAUGGCCAUGCAUCUGGCUAAGAAUCCAAGCCACGCCUUCAGCCAGUGCAAAUUCAGUGAGGGAUUUUCCAGUGGCUAUAAAAGAUUUGUUUUUAUACCAAGUGAUCUGAUUCGGAAGGACCAGGAGCUCAACAGUGGGUUUGCAUUACAGAAGCAAGAAAUUCAAGUGGAUCAAAAUUCCCUUCCACAAGCCACUAAUCCAGUGCCCUUUCCCAAGCGGUGCAUAAACCCCCCGGAUAGCUCUGCACACACCCCGUCUAUUCCCUCUGAAGUACAGCCUGUGGUUGAAAGCACUGUGCCUGAUGCCAAUUGUGGGACGCAGCCAAAGGAUUUAACACUACAGAAAAUAGCACUUUCCAGUCAAGCCCCCAUUCAAGCCGGGGCUAAACCCGGAGGAUCUCUUACUGUCACACAGCUCAAGAUUGUACUCUACGCCAUGUGCUUUGGCAUUCCUCAGGCAGCCAGCCAGUUCGAUAUUCAGCCAGAUGAAGUCCAGUCCUUGUUACUUAAGCGUCAGCUUCAGCUUGGGCCGCCGAAGAGCAGAGAAGGGUUAAUUCCUCGAGCAAGUGAUCGGUUAGCUGAGUGGGUAUUGUGUCAGCGUGAGCAGCAGCUUCCUGUCGAUGAAGCUAGUCUUUUUUCCAAAGCUGCAGAGUUCAUGAGUGCUGAUGGUGGGCCAGGCAUCUCUUAUGGCUGGGCUGUGGACUUCCUGAUAAACCAUGAUUUAUCUCUGCAGUCAAUGGCCACAUCCCGCCGACUGCUACCCCAUAAAGUUCAGGAACGUCUGCAAAAUUUUACCUCUUUUAUAAAUAACCAGGUCACCUCGUACAGCUUGGGUCUAUCAGCCAUUGCUGCUAUGGAUGAGCUUUCUAUUUUUGUAGACAUGGAGCAGCUUGACCCUGCCUCAGCCGAUUCGUCUUCCAUGAUGUCCGCCUUUAAAUUGGUUGGUGACAAGGAUCCGCUAAUAGAUGUUUUACUCGCCUCCCUAGCUGACGGCACGAUCUUACCUACCAUGGUGUUUCUUAGAGGAGAUCCUCUAAGCCCAGAUGCACCGACCUUGCCAGACAUCAUUUUGGAGGCCAAGCCGGAGGGCUUUUCUGAUGAUGAAAGACUCAAGCUAUGGUUUAACAAAGUGUGGCGUCGGCAUGUGAAGACAAACUCUAGAAGAAAGGGGAUGCUGGUUAUGGACCAGUAUCGGGGUCACCUAACUCAAAGUUUCCUAGCAUUGCUCAGCCGUGCAAACACUUUACCAGGCAUCAUCCCUCUGGCAUGCUCCUGUCGUGUGCAGCCUCUAGAGGCCUGUGUUGGUCUUGUGCUACGAGAGUUCCUGCAAGCUCGAUGGAGCCAGCAUGUGACUGAAGCUCCACAAGACCUCAUCGGUGCUGUGCCUGCUGACCUAGCCCUUUUGUUGUCAGCCUGGCUCCUUGAAAUGCUGGAUGUCCUAGCAGAAAAGCCAGAAUUUCUUCAACGUUCUUUCGAGCCAGUGUUGAACUCUAAUUUAGAGUUAGCCCCCGGAGGAUUUCCUGAGAUGGUGCAGAAUCUGACUGAAGCUCUCAUGAUGAGCACAACUCAAGAACAAGAAUCUAACGAGUCAGAGGCUGAAGACAAAGGCAACAUGUCAUCUGUUGCUUCUCCGAACUGGUCUUCACCAUCCAUGUCCCGAGCUCUGAAGAAAAUCUUUGAGAAAGAUGGUGAUCCAGACUCUUUCCAUUGAUUUGAAGAUGCAGAAAUGACAAAGUGAUAACAUCUUAAAAACUGACAAAAUGUUAGUGCUUCAGAUUGUUUUUAAUAUCGAACUUUUUUCAAUGCCAUGUUCUCUGACUGAUCAUUUGAUUUUGAUUAAGAAAAAAAAAACCUUCGGCUUAGUAGCUUAUUGAUCAUGUCUUAGUGUUUCUUGACUGUUCUUUUCAUUUUACAUACACUAUCUUAGCCUCGUUCUCUCAGUUUCUGUCAGUCACUGAUGAUGAUGAUGAUGAACAAUUUUUGAGUUAAGAGUUUGUCAUGUGUUUGUCCUCUGUCUGAGAUUUUUCCAUUAUUUCUGCCAUUUAUAAUAAUUUCCCAAAGUUGGCUGCAAGGGUCUCCUCACACACUGCUGCAUAAACACUGGAACACAUGCUGCAGUGAUAAAUGUAAGUUAGUGAUACUAACGUUGCUAGCAGUACUUGUUUCAAUCAUUUCCCUAAGUUCACCUUUAAAGUGUGUCUCUCAUUGUAGAAAUUCCUAUUGUAGCCAUGUACAGAUGAAUACAAUUGUGUCUGCUUUGACUGCUGGACUGUUUUAUAGUCCAGCCAAAGUGUUACUGUUCACAUUUUUCUUUGUGAGUACUAUUACUGCUGUGAAGCGUGCACAUUGCAAAUGAGCAAAACCAAUCUCCCUGUGUACAAGUGUUAAAGAUUAUCUACUGUAUUUAGGGCUGCUUAUGCAUAAUUAAAGGGCUGUCCUUUGAUAUUACAUAAACCUCAUUUUAUCACUAAAACAUUUUUUUUCCUAGACUUUUUCUAAAAGGGACAUUUUAUUUUGUAAUCAAUAAAUGCAUUGUUAAUGUUUGUUUAUA